UGUCAGUUAGUUCUUACACUAUCUCAUCGUGUUAUAGCUUGCAGGAUGAGAUGUUUCAAAAGUUCAAUUUUGAUACUGAAUGGGCAGUGAGACUUAUCUCAAAGAUUACAAAUGAUGAGGAUCUGCCAAUUGAGGGUGAUGCCAUCGUAAAGCAGCUUUUGGCGCUGCAAAUCAAUGCAGAAAAAUUCUUCUUUGGCAUAAGGAAGAACCUCGUUGAGUUUGAUGAAGUAUUGGAGGUGCAACGAAAGCAUGUUUAUGACCUAAGGCAAUUAAUCUUAACAGGAGAUGAUGAAAGCUGUUCCCAACACAUACUCCAGUACAUGCAAGCAGUGGUUGACGAGAUCGUCUUCAAUAAUAUUGAUCCAGUGAAGCAUCCACGUAGCUGGGGUUUGAGUAAGCUCUUGAAAGAGUUCGUGACUGUUGGUGGAAAGCUGUUGCAUGAAUCUUUUGAAGGAAUUAGUGAUCACACUUUGCUAAAUUCACUUGGGCUACUAAAUGAUGUGAGUUCAGUUGAUAUUGUAAACUUUUCUCUUCCAAAUUUGCCAGCGCCUCCAAAUGCCUUCAGGGGAAUACGCAGGAAGAGCUCGUCAUUAAGACGAUGGCUUGCUAUUUGCGCAGAUGAUUUAAUUGGGAAUGGGAAGUAUCAAACCACUUCUAAUCUUCUUCGCAAGUAUCUUGGAGAUUUUUUAAUUGCUUCAUAUCUACAUGUUGUUGAAGAGUCUGGUUAUGAUGAGACACAUGCAAAGGAAAUUGAGAGAGCUGUUCUUUUGCAAACUCUUGAUUGUUUCUGGAGAGAUCAUCUUGUAAACAUGAAUAGACUCAGCUCUGCGGUGAACAUUAGGAGCUUUGGCCAUAGAAAUCCUCUUGAAGAGUAUAAAAUUGAUGGUUGUCGGUUUUUUAUCUCAAUGCUAAGUGCCACUCGGAGGUUGACUGUAGAAGCACUGCUGCGGUAUUGGACAUCUCCAAUGGAAUCUGAUGAACUAUUUUUAUCAUGAAAUUGAUAAUUCAAGAAAAUUCUGCAAGGCUAAUUUUUUGCGCAAGGCUAAUUUUUUGCGCAAUGCUAAUGAUGUUUCAAUUAGUCAAUUGGUUUACGUGGUGUAGAUGCGAAAAAGUUACAUGGCUUUUGGAGCACAGGUUCCUUCACCUCCCAGUAGUGUUAUCCUUCUGCUUUAUCAAAAUUACAAGGAAUAUACCUUGAGAUGAGCGUACACCUUAUUACAUAGGCGAAGUAACAAAGGAGCCGAUCCUAUUUAUUUGAGUGCUUUUGCUUAGUUUACAUGAUUAAAAUGACGUUUGCAUGAUGGACUGAUGGUGCCUGGAGUUUAGCAAGAGCUGUGCCUAAUACGGCGAGCAAAUAUCCUUUCCAUCCAAAUUGCUCUUCCAAAAAGAACACGAAGCUAUUCAAGUUAUGCACAAUCCAGCAUAAUAUUUUUUCUUUGACAUUGGUCAUUGUGGAUCAUGUUUAGGACUAACGGAAGUCGUAGAGGAUCAUGUUUUAUCCCGGAGAGUUUAUACAAAAAAGUACAGAAUGUAAAAUAUUAAGCAUAAAUAAUGUUUAAUGUAAUAAAUUACAUUUGUAGUUCAUUCAUUUUUCUUUUGAAAA